UUUGGGUUAGUUAAUUGCGGUCGUGUAUGUGAAGUCCACUUUACCAACUUGUGGAAACUGUACACCAACAAAAAGGAAGCAGUAAUGUAUAGGGCCACAUAUCUUCCCAUGGGGAAAGAAAGCCUCUUGUAUUUUCUCUGGCUUUUCUUAUUGCUCUUGCAGAAUCUCAGUCUCAGUAUGACUGCACCUUUGAAACUGGCUAUUGCUCAUGGAUACAGGAUACCUCUGAUCAAUUCAACUGGAUUCGCACUCAAGGAACAACUAGAAAUCAAACUACAAGACCCACUGUAGAUCAUACUUUAGGCAACAAAAGUGGUUGGUACAUUCUUAUAGAAACAGCAGUUGUUCAAGGAACUAACAGUGCAGCACGCCUGAUAUCUCCACAGAUUCCAGCCAGCUCUCCAUACUGUCUGCAGUUCUGGUAUUACAUGUAUGGUGCUCAUGUUGAUGCACUCACGAUUUAUGUUCAUAGAGGAGGAAAUCCUGAUAUACCCCUGUGGACCAAAAGCCAGACUCAAGGCAGCCAGUGGAAGUAUGGGCAGGUGCAGCUUUCUUCUUUUUCCUACCCUGUCAACAUAGUGUUUGAGGCAGUCCGUGGGCCCUUCUUUAAGGGUGACAUUGGAAUAGAUGACAUCAGAGCUGUGGCAGGAAGCUGUCCUACCACAAGUGGCUUGGCAUGUGACUUCGAGGUAGGUUUGUGUGGAUGGGAUCAGAAGACGAAAGAUGAUUUUGACUGGACCCUACAUUCUGGUCAAACAGCUACUGUGAAUACUGGACCUUCUAAUGACCAUACUCUGGGUACCUCAUCAGGUCACUAUCUGUACAUAGAGACCAGCUCUCCCCAUUAUCUUGGACAAAAGGCUCACCUUGUCAGUUCCUUGGUAACCCAGACUACCCCACAGUGCAUGUUAUUCUUCUAUAGCCUCAAUGGGGACAAUGUUGGUGCCUUGAAUAUCUACAUAAUAUCUGGUGCUGAAUUAACAAGCAGUGAUAUUCCAGUAUGGUCAAAAAGACACAACUUGGGUGAAAUCUGGUUCCCAGGUCAAACAACCAUUCAGGGUUCUUCUUCCUACAGGGUUGUAUUUGAGGGAGUAGUUGGUGCAGGCAGUCUGGGCGACAUAGCUAUUGAUGACAUCAUUGUAAGGAAUGGUAGCUGCCACCAUCAAGCUAAUAACAACUUUGAGCAUGGCUUGGGACUAUGGACUAAUCCAGGUGUAGGGGAUAACUUUGACUGGAUGUUAGGACAGGCGUCAAUGGGUGCAACUUUUUCUGGACCAAGAAUUGACCACACACUGGGUACUUCAGAAGGACACUAUCUUUUCAUUGAAUCUUCCAAACCCAUACAAGCUGAAGACACUGUCUGGCUUCAGAGCCCUGUCAUGGAACCAAACGUGGCCCUGUGCAUGUCGUUUUGGUUUAUUAAAAAUAUUGAUGAUACAGAUGUCAUUAAUGUGCUGAUGCGACCUGCAACACCAGCUAACAAAUCUUCAAUCACAGUCUGGUCGCUCAAAGAUAGUGUGCCUACAGGUUGGAUGCAUGGUCGAAUAGAUCUUUACAACAGAGCUCCAUUUUAUAUCAUAAUUGAAGUUAUAAGAGGUGAAGAUGAUCAUGGUGUCACUGCACUUGAUGAUAUCUCAUUCACAGAAUCUGAGUGUAUGGCUGAUCCUUUUUAUGCUGGGGAUGCAUUCAGUCUACCCUCUAUUCCACAGCUGGCCACUACCACUCCAGUGCCAUCUCCAUGCGAUUGUGACUUUGAAGAAGAUUUUUGUGAGUGGGUUCAGGACACUUCAGAUGAUUUUGAUUGGACUAAGAGUACAGGAGCCACCUCAUUUCAAAAUACAGCACCAGCAUUUGACCACACAUUGGGAAAUGGCACAGGUUAUUACCUUUACAUUGAGACAUCACUACCACGUCGUGCUAAUGAUACAGCUCGCUUGUUGUCACCUAAGUUGAAUGUCAGUCCAAUGAAGCUUGUCUACGAUUCUGGUAUUUAAUGUAUGGUCCAUCUGUCAACAGUCUGAAUGUCUAUGUACAAUCUAACACUAAUAUCACAAAAGUGUGGACACGGACUGGCACACAAAGAAAUCAGUGGACAUUUGGUGAAG